AGAAAUAGCAUUUACGUCACUGCCGGCACAACUUUUACAACUUUUAUUCACACAACUAUUUCAUUUCGCUUCUUAAUCUUUAUGGGUUGGCACCUAUUCUACGUGGUUCGCCCUCAACGAUAAGGCACGUUUCAAGGGAUCGCAUCUACCUAGCCCUAAUUCUCUCCUUUUUGUUUUGUCUUCUUCACUGCGCUUUCCGUCGUCGUGAAUAUUUGUGCCUUUUUCUUCUUCUCUUAAUUCGAGAGAUCACUGGAUGAGACAACUAUCCGACUUCAAGCCUGGUUUAUUUGGCCAAGAAAGGACGCAAGCAAAUGUUCAAGGCGUGAUACGUUUGAUCAGGCUAACUAUUUGUACCGGUUUCAAGAGUCUUGAAGCCAGCAAAGAAUACUGCGGUAACACAUAGAGUGUUCAAUACCCUCUUCUUCAACUCUCUUGACCUUCUAUGUGAUGCGUUCUCGUUUUAUGGUGGUGAAUCACUCGUAUUAUUAUACAAGAUGGGUCACUCAUUAAAGCCAGAUGGCUUGGAUGAUAUGGAUGAGUUAAGGCAGGCGUUCACAAAAAGAGUUAUACCCCCUGCACUUGAAGAGAGACUUUUGAGUUCAGAGAAGCUACGACAAGAUCUACUACAGGUGGCAACCCAAGAUGAAGUCCAUCUCUUUAUCCGCAAAGCCCAGAUGUCGUCCCAACUCCGUUCGCAACUUUUUGUCGAAUCACCAGUUAUACUGACAAACAAGACUACAUCGACACUUACGCCUACAGCUAGCCGUGAUGGCAAGCACAAGAGUCCCCAAUCAAGUGGGCAAUGUCACCUUACUGGAUUGCCCGGGUCUACGGUGGCUUCUAAAGGUAGUAAAACUACCACAACACCAAUGCAAAUCGCGGACAAGCGUAAAGCACCUAGCCUAUUGGUAAAAGACGAGCUUCCGACAAAGAGUUUAACCUCCAUAGCCCCAGCUAAACGGGUAUUCACCGCUAAGCGGACACUUCCUCCUCACUUGAUUUCCAAACCCAAUCCGACCCAAAAGUCAUCAGAGCCAUUCGGUAAUAAGCCAGUAAUCUCGGCCUCUCCCAUCAGCCCUGAACCAACUAGGAUUGUUAGCGAUAUUCUACAGACUCUUGAAGGAAAUCACUUGCUGUCUGAUGCUUCAAAACAAGGGGAAGAUGCUAAGGAGCCCCCUAUAAUAAAAUCUCAACUAAGACCACCCCUAGCAGCACCACAGACAAUUCCUCAACUGGGCAAUGGUCACCCACACGGUCCUGGCAUUUCCGACGAGCAAGAGAAAGGUCUUAAGAGGAAGCGAGAUGAUUCCCCUCCACCAGGAGCCUCCCGGGAUUCACACAUUCAAAAGAGCCGCAAGGCUAACCCUACAAAUACUCCUUCCGAAACGAUUGACGCCGCGUCAUCUAAGACGUAUUCCGAGAAAGAACUGGUGCCUGCAAAUCAUGAACGCAGCAUAUUGAAAGGAUCCCAGAAACGACGCUCAAAAGAUGUUGUCAGACUUGGAGAAUCUAGCUUGUCGAAUGAUACUGAUGUGGUCUCUAGUGUCAACCAUAAUCAUUUAGCACGUCACCGGCGGCCACUAAUUGAUGAGGAUAGAAAUGAGACAGAUGAUGACAUUCCACUUAGAAAACUUAUCAACCCAGCCAAAGCAACUAAGACUGGUUGGGACUACCAUAUCUGGACCUUUCCAUCUGGAGAAACCCAGGUCACUUCUGGUGCAUUGCUGCCCCGGGGCUAUGCACUUCAUGAUAAUCCUGAUGCUCCGUGGAUAUGCCCGAUACGCUCGUGUCGCGUGCUGUUCUCAAAACUUGAAGGUCUUGGGGCCCACUUCAAUCGUGGCCACAGAGCCUCACUCCUUAACGACAACGGGGACGGCACCUUAUCUAUCAUUAGGAAAUUGAAGGCAGUCGGUGUGGCUAUGCCUGCUGAGGUAGUGUCUCACAAACCAUUGGAUCCCACCGAACCUCUGAAGGAACCCUCUCUCAAUUCUUACCUGAAACUGUCCAAAUCUGUUACUCCAUCUUCUUCCCAAUCGGAUGAUAAUAGAGACGGACUUACAAAGGCCCGAAGGUCGAGUAGAACUCUAUCUACCUUCAGCAUGUUGGGCACGGAAGCUCCCACGAGAGAGGAUAGCCCAAGGAUAAAUUCACGUAAGAAGAACUCGCAGCCGGAGGUUGGUCUCGAGCAGUUGGAGAAACCAGCAACGCGUACUUUUCCAAAGGAGAAAAGUGUUACACCGCGCGGCUCUCCGCGAUCCGACUCUCCCCGUCAACCUAACAUUGUUGCAAAUGCCCAAAAUGGAGACCAUACUGCGAGCCGAGCACAUACAAGUACCAUGAAUCCAGCACAAGCCCUUGAACUAGAGACGUGGGAGAUUGCACCAGGUCGAAUUCGUGACGAGCAGAGUGAAGCGGUCGAUAAUUUUGCGUUUUCGAAUUCGUACUUGACCCAAAACCAAGCCGUCCGGAUUGGCCGCGAUAUUUCUUUCCAGGUCAUUACCAUCAAGCCUGGGACAGUUCACUUUUGGGGUUCUAGCGCCAAUAAGCUCCGACUAUGUUCGGUAGCGUCAGGCAAACUGCAGAUAUCUAUUCACGGCCAAGACUUUUCGAUGGGCCCUAAUGGUAUGAUCAGAAUCAGGCCAGGUGCUGAGUGUACUGCUACGAACAGGCUAUACACCGAUGCUACUGUUCACGUUACAAUAGUACCUGGAGAUUUAUGUGGAUAAGUUUGAAGGUUUGAGAUUUCACGAAGUUAGGACUAGCUCAUUGAUAUCAGCUAUCGGUCGAGUUGAUAUUAUGUCCACUGAGUUUCGAGGAGUUACAGGUACUGAAUGCAUGCCGUUGCACAAACGUCUACCAUGAUGACAGACGAAACUAUGGCUAGAACAGGGGCUCAUGCCGUAAAGAUGUACAUAGCUAUUGCAUAGUACACCACAGAGGAGAAACUUCGUAGAUGCUUAGUCGUACAUUCAAUUGAUAAGUUUUAUAGUAGCAAAAAA